AUGUCAUCUACUUCUCAGUCUGAUUCUAUCAAAUCCACUAAAACUGAAGAAAGACAGAAGAGUGCAUCAGACGAUGAAUUUAUAGAUGAACUGCAAGAUCAGCACCGAGAACACCCAUCACCUACCAUCCCUUCACAAGCCCCAAAACAAGCAGAACUAGAGGGAGAAGCAAGUGACCAAACUCUACUGGCCGAGGCAAAACGAGCCUUAGCUUAUCCCAAAGGACGACCCAAAGAAACUGUUGCAGCCAAAGAGGGAACCCAGCUAGAUACAGCCAAUGCUGCCCCCGUUGUCCAUGGUACCCCUGCUACCUCUUUGGCUAUUGUGGAGCACGGCAUCAAACAGAAAAGUGUCAAUUUCAAUGGAAUUAAUCAAGCAAAAAUUGUUCCUGUUGCCGCCACUCACAAAGCUGCCACUGCUACUGAUACCCCGGCACCGACAGCCAAUGCUACCCCUGUUGUCCAAGGUACACCAGCCACGUCUUUGGCUAUUGUGGAGGAUGCCAUCAAAAAUAGAAAUACCAAUUUCAAUGGACAUAAUCAAGCAAAGAAUGCUCCUGUUGCUGCCACUCCCAAAGCUGCCACUGCUACCAACGCCUCACCACCAACAGUCAAUGCUACCCCUGUUGUACAUGGUACACCCGCUACCGCUGCUGCCAUUGCCGACGAUGCCAUCAAAAAGAGAAAGGCUAUUUCAAAUGGAAGAAGUGCAGCAAAAAAUGUUGCUCCCGCUGCAAAUUCUGCAGCUGUCGCUGCUACCGAUGCACCCACCGCCGAUGCUACUCCUAUAGUGCAGGGCACCCCAGCAACGGUUGCUGCCAUUGCAGAGGACACCAACAAAAACCGAAAUCCAUGUUCCCAGAGAGCAAACCCAGAAUAUGUCAAAAAAUCGACUGCCGGAGAAGACUCGGUUAUCCUGCAAGGAGCCAAACAGCUGGUCUCCUAUCCAAGAGACCAUGGCAGCAAAAGACAAGAACAACUGCAGCACUCGGAAAACAGCUCCGAAUGCUCAGAAACCACAAUUAAUAGUAAUCAAGCACCAACAGAAGAAAUGAAAAACGGUGGAUCCACAAACAGCUCGAACAACUAUUCAAGACUGGGGAAAGAUUCGUCCAGCAACAGGAACCCAAAUGCUUCUGCUGGCAGUGAUGAUCCUGCUGCCACCAAUUCCAGAAUUUUGCAACAUGAAAAGAGACAAAUUCCCUUGCCAUCCAUUGUCAAAGAAAGGCAAGCAAACAAUGCAGUGGCAGAAACCAGUGAUGCCAGUACUCCUGGUGCCUGUCAUGUUUCCAACAAUCAUAAUUCAGAUGCACUCACACCUGGAGCAUUUUCUGCUGACCAAGAUGGACUCACUAGGCAAGCACCCGCACCCCUGAGAUACUGUUCUUUUGUCCGACGAAGCACUGAACUUGCCGAAACUGAAGAUCAAAAAAAUGGCAGUAACCCUUCUGCCAAAAAAGAAGAUCCAGUUGGCAGCAACCAUUCCGCCGACAGAAGAAGGAGCUCCAGCAGUCAAGUCAAGUCGCUCGUCGUGGCAAAUCCCAUUGCAGAGAACGAAGUGACUUCCUUCUAUGAAUCACUACCAAAGGCCGAACAACUUGAUCCUGUCGCUGAAGAUAGAACCCAGGAAGAACAAAAGCAGCAACGACGCAGAAAGACACACUUCAUUCUGGGAGCUAUGGUGCUUUUUGCCAUGGUAGGGAUCAUAGCCAUUGUGUUGGGAAUUGUGUUGUCCAAAGAGAACACCAAUGACAAUGAUCGAUAA